UUUUCUCUCACCUGGAUGAAGUAUUUGAAGUGAGGAAGACAAACAUUUCUGUAUUCACUUCCUAUUACCUGUAAAUGAAAACCUGAUAGUGGAGAAGACAUAUCAAUAAAACACGAUGAUUCGAUUUAUGUUGCUUUGUGCAACAUUGUGUUGUUUAUUAUCGGCUACUACAGCGGAUAUAGGUUACUUCUGGCAUGUGACGGACUUUCACUGGGAUUUUUCCUACUGGACUGACCAGCUUUCCUGUAAUGGAAUGAAUAUCAGCCAGCCUGGACUAUUCGGCAACCAGUGGUGUGACGCACCGUGGAGGCUCGUGCAGGAAACUAUUACUGGGAUUCAAAGUUUGAAAAGUGAUGUGGAUUUCAUGCUGUGGACUGGAGACACAGUUCCCCAUGUUGAUAGCGGUCAUCUUAGUACAGAUUUGAAUAAAGAGCUGGUCAGAAACAUCACAGAGCUAAUGAAGUCAACAUUUCCCACAAUGCCUAUAUAUGCCACGUUCGGUAACCAUGACUAUCACCCGAAACAUGUAUUUCCACCAUAUAACAAUGAAAUCUACAAUGCGACAUAUCUUAUUUGGAAGUCUUGGAUAAAUGACACAAGUCAAGAUGCUAACUUUUUGAAAGGGGGUUACUACACAGUUUUAACAGCUUCUGGUAUCAGAAUUGUAGCAAUGAACUCUAACAUGUAUUAUGUAAAGGACACAGCAACUGUCAACUUGGAGGAUCCUGCAGAUCAGUUUGCCUGGCUGGAUUCUGUUCUUACAAACGCUUCUACAAAUAAUGAAAAGGUUAUUCUUACCGGCCAUGUUCCUCCAGGUUUUACAACACCUCGAGCUGUUCGUUGGAUGACAGAGGCUUUUAAUAAGAAAUUUAUCGAGAUCGUCUUACGCCACUCGAGUGUUAUUGUAGCUAUGCAUUUUGGUCACGAACAUCACGACAGCUACCGCCUUUUCUACAACCAAGAAGGUACUGCGGUUGUUAGUCUGUUUCUAGCACCUUCUGUAACACCGUGGCGUUUUCAGCUGGCAGAUGGAGAAAUAGAACCACCACAUAACCCUGGAGCAAGGCUUGUGAAAUACGACCGUCAGACUGGGAAACAGCUCGAUAUACAGCAGUACUAUGCCGAUCUUAAUAAGGCAAAUGCUGACAAGAAGCUGAUCUGGUCACUUGGCUACAACGCUACUGAUUUGUACGGGAUUCAAGACAUAACUCCAAAGUCCAUGGGAAAUCUUCUUGAUAAAAUGACAUCUGCUACCAACAAAGACUUUAAAGCAUAUGUGAACUGGUACAAUACGAAUGCAAACACAUCAGACAAAUUUCCUUGCGAUGAUGCAUGUUUUAAAAAGAUGACAUGCGGAGUGAGACAUCUGGAUGAAGACUCGUUCUCGAAGUGCCUUACUGCUGUUAGUGGUUCCGUCAGCCUGUUGACAUUCUCGGUGUAUUCUGUGUUUUAUGCCAUGCUUUUUGUUGCAAUUUACAAGUUGUUUAAUUAGCUGUACCAGAUGAUGUGGUGAAAACAUUCUAGACAUGUUCAUUAACUGUUUUCGAGUUGCCAUUAAACUUUACUUUACUGACGCCACCAAGAUGCCUACAUGCAAUGCAAAGGUUUGCAGUCAAUGAUGAAUUGUUUGUGGUUUAAAAUAUCCACUGUUAUUUGUGAUAACAAAGAACGUGCUUGUGAAAUGCAAGAAUAAAUACAUGUCUUUUUACAAUUUUCUUGCUUUAUGUCUUAUUCAUGUGAAGUAUUUAAAAAAAAAGUCAGAUGUAGCAAUUUAAUAUUAAACAUGUGAAUUAUGAUAUACUUAAAAAGAAAGAAAAGAUGUGAUAUCAAAUAUGGUGAAAAAAGUUCACAUGAGUGUUCAUAAAAUGUAUAUAUGUGCAUCUGUUGCAUCAUGAAGAGUGUAUAUUUCUGAUGGGAGUUAUAUUUUUCUUAAUUUUCAUUUACAUUUAUUAACUGCUUUGUGUUCAGAACAUCAAACUAAUGACGCCCAUGUAUUAUUAUGUAUGCACAUUAUCCUUGUUAUGCAGACAAGUAGACAAUACAUGAAUAAACUGUUUUGACUUUUA